AUGACGGAAACCUCAAGUCUGGAUGUCCAGUUCCUCCUCUGAACCUGUAAGUCUCCUCCCAUGCAGUGAGAAAGGUGAACUAUUUCUUGCACGGAAGGUUCGCUAAUCCGAGUAGCUCUGCUAUCUCUAACAAAUUCUCUCCAGCUACCAUGCUGCCCUCACGUUCUCCAACACCCAUCAGCGAGCCUGCAGAAGUCGAGUCGAAUAAUGAGGUUUUGUCGGCAAAAGCCCCUUCCUCUAAUACAAAUUCAGGAAGUACUUGCCCUGCAGGUGGAAGGAUCUCUUCCCCAAAGCACAAGACCUCCAAGUCGACAUACGAUAUGAACCUCGAAUCAGAAUACGACGACUCUUUAUCAAUCAGCGUCAUGACUCCCACAUCUUCAUCUCUCAAUCUGCCAGCGUUCGAUGACCCACAAAGACAGGACGACAACCCUCACCAUGGGUCUGAAGCUUGUGCAAGCCAUCUCUGCGUAACGUCUUGCCAAUUUGCCUCGUCGUCUAUUCCUUCCAUCGACCUCGAAAUAUGCGACACCUCAUACACCAUCGCUAAUACCCUAACGCCCCGUACCGAUUCAGACCUACGGCCUCCUCCCUUUCAACUUCUCCGGUGGCUACAAGCUACCGACAAGGAGGAAAUCAUCACAAUUGAGAGGAUCCAACGAUGUGAUUGGCUCACUUGCCCCUUGACCUCCGAUCAUUUGUUUACAUUGAAAUGAUAUUUUUGAUGUGUAUAGUAGAGGGGUUGGAGGUUCUCGGUGUAUUUUUUCUUUGUUGUAGUAUCUAUGGAAUAGGGAUUUCAUCGCUAAGCUUUGUGUCAAAAGUUCUAUGGUUGUUGCUUUACUCCUGGAGAGCAAAAGUUGGGUGCUGUCUGUACGCUCAAGGCUGUAUGUAUGCUUCAAUGCACUUGGAAUUACCCAAAUGACUGGUCAAUAUCAGCGUCGAUAUAAUGAAAUAUAAUCAGACUUAAUCUCCA